AUUGUUAUUUUUUAUCAUCAAAGUUUUAUGGGGCUAGCAGUAGUUCAUAUUCAACGGCUCAAACGGCGUUUAUAAAUGACUUUUAGACAUAGGCUCCUCAACAGAUGAAUUUAGCGAGAGCAAGUCUUGGUCUUGUAUUUUGCAUCUUUUUCGUUGUAUCUUAUUUCACAAACAAGUAUGUCUUGUCUGUCUUGAAGUUUACAUAUCCGACCCUUUUUCUGGGGUGGCAGACUUUCAUUGGAACGCUUCUGAUAUGGGUCACUGCGAAACUGGGAUGGGUGGAAAUAAAUGGUUUUCCCAGAUCUGUGGCUGUAUCCUGGCUCCCAGGGUCAGUACUUUUCUUGGGGAAUAUUUAUGCUGGAUCCAAAGCCCUGUCCAUCCUGCCUAUCCCAUUCUUUUUCGUCUUACAAAAUGUGUCAGAGGUGGUCUUCUUUUUCAUCGUUAGGCUCACCCUAAGAGAGAGAUCAUCAUGGAUGAAGAUAUUCAGUGUAAAUUUGACGCUGAUAUCAGCAGUUACCCUUAUAUUGUACAAACCUGAGUUUGGACCAAAUGGCUACAUGUGGGCUAUCAUCCACCUUUUCUGUGUUGGAUCAUACAGAGUGUUCCAGAGGAAUUCAAAGUCUAGCCAGCUGAGUGACAUUGAGCAACAGUUCAUCAACUACAUAGUCAGCAUGCUACUGCUAGCUUCUGCUGCACAUCCAACAGGUGAUCUGUUUGGUGCCUUGGAAUUCCCCUUCCUCAUGUCCUAUAAAUUCCAUAGUGGAGGAUUUGCCAGUGCUGUAUUUGGCUUUUUUCUGCUGCUGGCCUCGGUGAAUUUGAAGACUGGACUGUCUCUGACACACUGUGCAAUCUGGUUCUUCAUGGCCAAGAUACUGGCCUCUGCUCUGUCCAUGUUUGUAUUCAGCAUGGAGCUCAGUUCUGUAUCUCUGUUGUGCAUCCUUACAAACCAUGCUGGCGAGGCAUUGUCAAUAAAUUCUGACAGAAUUCAGAUUAAAUAAGUGGCAAAUUAGUAAACAUGGGGAAUCCCUGUCAGACAUCACUGCGAAGUCUUCACCGUACUACACUUUUCAUUCCUUCUCAAAAUGUUCACUGUCCUAUUUUAUCCAGGUUUAGGAUUCAGGAUAGAUUUUAGAAUUUUUUUUUUUCCACUGUCCAGAGAAUUCUGUCCAACAAAGUCAAUGAUUAGGACAGUUCAGAGGAGCAAGCAAUAUUUUUUUUUCCAUCAGUGAAACUGUAAAAGACACCCAAAUGUCUGGAUUUAUAUGUUUUCUUAUGUAUGAGAGCUAUAAACACAAUUUUUGUUUUUGUUUAUAACUAGAUAAAAUAUCUGGUGGCAUGACCAGUAUAGCACUAUCUUGAAAUUGGCAAGUGUGUUAGAAAUAGACAUUCCAACUAGGUAGUGUACUACAAAGACUGGGGGGUCAGUAAGAACUACAGCCCUAACGUAUGGUAAAAUGUAGAGUUUGUACUUGGCUACUAAGCAGAACCUGUCCUCAAUCCAUUAUUACACUGCUGUGCAUCAUUGGCUACAUUAUUGUCCACCUCUACCAUGUGUAAUUAUUCCUGGUUAUGGCAUUACAUUUAACAUUCACAGCUGUACUAAAUACUAUACUUGAAAUACAAGUACUUUGUUCAGUGUUCACCCUAAUUUUAUUUUUGUGUCAAACAUAUGUGCUGAAAAUAGUCGUGGAUAGUUUAGGAAGGUUUGUCCAAGGAAAAUCAUGUAAGUUAUGUUGGACCUUUUGUAACUGUUAAUACUGUUAUUUCUUCAGGUUCUGGUAAUUAGUGGUAUUUCCCCCAAAGGAACUGUAAUGUAAAUGAGUAUAAAGAGUGGACUUCCCAUUAUGCAUAUACAUUGCUUUUUUUUUUUUUUUUUUUUUGCUUUGGGAACCUUACACAGAGGCCAAUACAUGAAGGUGUGUUGCACACAGCAAAUUUCCCAAAUGUGCAGCGCUGAUUCAUUUUCCAUAUGCACACCAAAACAUGGAAAAGUUUAACUGUCCUGCUUAACUAUGCAAAGUGAUUAAGUUCUGUGACUGUAAAUCCUAGAAGGCAGGUGCCUUUUUGCACCUGCUGACUAUUUACAUCCCAACUAUGUAGCAAUGGGUUUACCAUUUUUGCAGUUGGAUGGUAUGAUAUAUGCCCAUUUACUUUUAAAAUUGGCUGUAUAAUUCACUAGAUACAAAACAUGUUUAUGAUAUUUUUUAGCAGGAUUAUUUAAUAAAUUAAUAUGGUCCAUAAAAGCCCUUGUCAGAAUGCAUUGUUUGAUCAAUCAUGAAUUUAUAAAUGGCUUCACAUUACUGACUGUAAAAGAUUUACAUGCAAGACUGGUUGGCUGAUGUGCUAGAUCCUGGAUUUCUUGACUGGUAGACCUCAGUCAGUCUGGACUGGGAGCAGCACU